AUGGAAAAGUUACAAUACGUGCAACAAUUGAAGGGCUUAUUAAACGCGAGACAAUUGUUGGACAAACAGAUCGAGGAAUACGUGAAUGAAUUGCCGGCAAUUGACGCCAAUAUCGCAUUGAAUGGCAAACUAGAGCUCAAUAAUAGGAACUGUUAUAAGAAACUUGUGGACACUUUCAAUGACAACUGCUAUGUGUUUAGCAGGAACACAUACGCUAUAAAUAAGCUUGCGAGCUAUCAACCGGGACACAUGAUAUAG